AGGGCCAGUCAGCCGCUCACAUCUUUUCUGCACUUCCAGCGAGUCCCCGUCCUCCGUCCUGUAUGGUGGAUAUUAUUUUCAGCUCUUCUUUCUUGGGUGAUAUGGGGGAUCAUUCCAAAAAGAAGCCAGGAUUCGCGAUGUGUGUCGGCUGUGGAAGUCAGAUCCAUGACCAGUACAUACUGAGAGUCUCUCCCGACCUGGAGUGGCACGCAGCCUGCCUCAAGUGCGCGGAGUGCAGCCAGUACCUGGAUGAGUCCUGCACUUGUUUCGUCCGGGACGGAAAAACUUAUUGCAAAAGAGAUUAUGUAAGGCUGUUUGGAAUAAAAUGCGCAAAAUGCAACCUGGGCUUCAGCAGCAGCGACCUGGUGAUGCGGGCCCGGGAUAACGUGUACCACAUCGAGUGCUUUCGGUGCUCGGUGUGCAGCCGGCAGCUGCUGCCGGGAGACGAGUUCUCUCUGCGGGAAGAGGAGCUGCUGUGCCGGGCGGACCACAGCCUGCUGCUGGAGAGGAGCUCCGCAGGGAGCCCCAUCAGCCCCGGACACGUCCACUCCAACAGAGCGCUUCACCUGGCAGACCCGGUCACGGUGCGACAGGCCCCGCAUCGGAACCACGCGCACAAGCAGUCGGAGAAGACGACGCGGGUGCGGACGGUGCUGAACGAGAAGCAGCUGCACACGCUGCGGACCUGCUACAACGCCAACCCGCGGCCGGACGCGCUGAUGAAGGAGCAGCUGGUGGAGAUGACCAGCCUCAGCCCGCGGGUGAUCCGCGUCUGGUUCCAGAACAAGCGCUGCAAGGACAAGAAGAAGACGCUGCUCAUAAAGCAUCUCCAGCAGCAGCACAGUGAUAAGACUAACCUCCAGGGCCUCACAGGGACGCCUCUCGUGGCCGGGAGUCCAAUCCGACAUGAGAGCAACAUGCACGGGAACCAAGUGGAGGUCCAGACCUACCAGCCUCCAUGGAAGGCCCUGAGUGAGUUCGCCUUGCAGAGCGACCUGGACCAGCCAGCCUUCCAACAACUGGUGUCUUUCUCUGAAUCGGGCUCUCUCGGAAACUCCUCGGGCAGCGACGUGACUUCUUUGUCCUCUCAGUUACCGGACACCCCCAACAGUAUGGUACCCAGCCCGGUGGAGACGUGAGACGGGUCCCCCCCCCCAUCUUCAACAACCCCCCCUCCUCCCCCGCUCCCCUCCACUCCUGCAAGGACAGUUGCAGCAUGAUCCCGGCCCCCCUCCCCUGCAUGUGACCAGCUCAUCACAUCGACUUCAGAGAGGAGAGAGUGUUUUUUUUUUUAUUCUUACCUGACACGGAGGAGACGGAACAAAGAAAAGCACCGAUUGACUCCGAUUUUUUUUUUUUUUUCAUCUUUGGAGACUUUAUUGACAAAAACUGAGUAGAACAAAAUGUUGCAUGACUUGUUACGGGGACAGAAGAUGUACAGAAGACCCGGUGGAUAUACUACAACCAACGUUCCAAGCAGAAACAGUACAUGGAGACAUUUCCACGUCCAAAAAGAUGAACAUUUUAUUGUGAUCUUAUUGUGUCUCGUUUCUUCAACCUGAGACUUUUUGCUUUUUGAUACGUCUAUUUGCGUUGUCGAGUCCAGUUGACUCUUUCUUGUCUUAAAGUCAGAGCAUGAUAAUCUGCAAAAUAUUCGUGUUGUAAAAAUACUUUAUGUUAAGGGGCAGGAUACAGGUUGUUUGAGCUUCUCGAACAAAAAAAGUAAAUUAUUGUUAUAUUAUUUAUUGGUAGGAAAGCGAUUCGUAAAGGGAUUAUUAUUAUUAACUGAUA